AUGACACAAGAAACGUUUUUAUACAACCGCACGAAAAUAGAUUCAGAGAAUCCCUCGGAGAAGAUGAUUGCCCUCACCUUCUACGUAGCUUUGGGUCUUUCAUUUUUUGCCAUGUGUUUCAAACUAAUGGAGGAGGAGGCGGUGAACAAGCUGCGCAGGAUAGGACAACGGCUGGGCAUUCUUAGUCGACCAAGCCACUGCGAACCGGUUGUUGUGACGCAGGUCAUUCCCCUGCCCUCUCGCCGCAGAUCGAUCCUGCGUCUCUGA